GACGUUGAAGCUUAUUGAGUUAUGACGCAGUUAUUCAAGGUAAAACAAAUAGCGCUAUUACUUUAGACAGAAAUAAAGUGAGUACAAAAGUCUGAACUUUCAACACUUAUUGUUAAUUCAAUAAAAUAUUAAAAAAGCUGAAGAAGAAUUGAAUAUAAUAAUUGGAAAUAUGGAACGUUUUAACAUAAAUGAUAUAUUUUAUAGACAAGACAAUAUUUUAAUUGGACCAAAAACUUUCUUUCCAGAAAAAGAUUGUAUAAAUAUCGGAAAUAUAAUUUUACAAUCUUUUAUGUCUAACCCGAACUUCAUUGGUCAGGUAGAUGCGGAGACAGAAGAAGCAAAUACAUUUCAAGAAAUGAGAGAGAAGAGCGUGAAAUGUGCAUUAUGGAUGCAAAAAUUGGGUAUUCAAUCGAAUGAUGUAAUAAUGAUAUGCACAAACAAUCGAUUAGAUGCUUAUAUACCGUUUCUAGCGACUUUAUAUAUCGGCGCUAUUGUUAGUCCAUUGGAUCAGAUUUUUAACAUAGACAAUUUGGAUUACUUUUUGGAGCAAGUGAAGCCGGCUGUGCUUUUCAUCAACGAAGAAUUUUAUAAAGAAGCUCGCGAUCUUGUAAAUAAAUUUAAACUUUUUAAUGACAGCUCGCUCCUAAUAAUAAUCAUAGCUUUUUCCAAUAAAAAUGUACAAACUACAAAUGAAGAUUUCUUAACUCUGGAAAAAAUUCUGAAUCUCAACUACGAUCCGUUUAGUAUUGAACACUUUUCCUGCGCAAAAGUGAUGAAUAUGAAGUCAACUGCGAUGAAAUUGUUUACUUCAGGCACAACUGCUUUUCCUGCACAAAUAGACAUUCCUCAUUCAGCUUUCAUGGCUCCAUCAAGUCAACAAGCACCCAAUAUGUUUAUAAAUGAUAUCGCUCUGUUGUUCGAAUCUUUAUGUUAUAUCAAUGGCAUAUUCAUAACUAUUCAGGCUAUUCUUUUGCACGUAAAGAUAAUCAGAAUUAAAUCGCACUUUACCGCAGAAAAAACAUGUCAAGCAAUAAAAAAGUACAAGGUAUCGUGGAUUUUUCUUGAAACUAAUAUGUGCACUCAAUUAAUUAAGUCUUACCAACUUUUAAGAUAUAAUAUCACUUCUUUAAGGACACUUGUAUUCAGCGGUUCAACUGCCAAUUCACGCAAAAUUCAUUUUGAUCUCAGAAUAUUGCUACCUAAUGUUUUUAUUCUUCAAGCAUACAGUCUAACUGAAACAGGCAUCAUCGCUUAUCAGCGACAAUCAGGGAAAAUGGGAUCUUGUGGUUACGUAAGUGCAAAUGUUCAAUUAAAGAUAGUCGACUUAAAUUCUUUAAAUAAAGGGCAGUUACAAGGUCCAUGCAAGUAUGGUGAGAUUUAUUGCAUUUCUCCCUAUAUGUUGACAGCAUCUAAGACUCAAGAUUCUCACGAGGAAUUCGGCAUUUUAGACUGGUUCAGGACCGGAGAUAUGGGUUUUUAUGAUGAAGAUGGAGAUAUAUUUAUCAUUGACCGAAUCAAUCAACUUUUGGAAGUCCAAAAUUAUAUAAUUUCACCAACUUUAAUUGAAAAUUUAUUACACUUUAAUAUGGCGGUGUUUGAAACAAUUGUAAUCUGUGUGUCGAUCAAUAAUAAAAAACACGCAAUGGCGCUUGUUAAGAAGAUACCUGGAAUGAAGGUGACAGAAAUGGACAUAAGACAAUUUGUGUUAGAAAACCUGGGUUAUAACAAUCAUCUUCCACUCGUGUUGUUCCUUGAGUAUUUACCGCACUUUUCUAAUGGAAAAAUCAAUCGCAGGUUUCUUUCUAAUGGAAUACGUUGUGCAUUAAUUUCUAAAAUACUAUAAUAAUUUCUAAUUAAUUUGUCAGUAAAGCAUUAUGAUGUAAAUAAAUCUAUCGUAGCAAAAAAUAGUCGUGAAUACAAAUAUAAAAUUAUAAAACAUGUUCAAAUCAUCAUUAUUUAAAUAUGUACGCCAAGAUGUAAGAUCAAAUUAUACGAUGAUACAAUAUUUUUGCAUAUUUAAUAAAAAAUGUAAUGUAUAUGUACUAAAUUUUAUAAAUAGCAUAAAAUAUUUUUCACUAAGAAUAAAAAAUUUAACGUUUUACGCAACAUUAUAUAACUAAAUUCAAGUAAAUUUGAUCAAGCUGCAAUCUUGAAGCAAAAAGAAAUUAGAAAAUUAUA